ACGUCAUUAGUGUCAGUGAUAAUAAAAGUGGUGUCGGUGGUGUGCGGUUCGCUUUUCCUUCCUUUUUUAUUUCUUGUAAUUCAGUGAUAGUAACAAUAAAAUUUACAUUGGUAUUUUUAAAAUUCCAAUUAGUUCACAAAAUACAUAAAAUGAUUUUGUUGGACCUUUACGACACGGCCAGUUGGUUUACCCUUGUAAUAGCUUUACAAGUAGUUGUCAUUUCCACUUAUUUUCUGUGGUUGAAGAAGAAGGGUAAUAAAAAGUAUGACCCGCUUUGUAAUGGUACACCGGUGGAGUGGUCGCCGCUGCCGUUGAUUGAGCACGACGUGGCGGUAGAGGAGCCUCCACUGAUGGGAAAAAUCGACGAGGAUGUGUUAAACGUUGGUGCUACUAGUUUCCUGUGCCUAGACAAGGACGAGGGUAUUUUAGAGAAUGCGUUGAAGACAUUAGAUAAGUAUGGUGUUGGUUCCUGUGGGCCCAGAGGGUUCUAUGGCACGAUUGACGUGCACUUAGAGCUGGAAGAGCGCCUGGCCAAGUUCAUGGAAGUAGAGGAGACGAUACUGUACUCGUACGGAUUUUCAACCAUCGCUAGUGCUAUUGGCGCCUAUGCUAGACGAGGAGACAUUAUAUUUGCUGACGAAAAUGUCUGGUUUGCUAUACAAAAAGGCAUUGAUGCAUCUCGUAGCACUGUCCGUUACUUCAAACACAAUGACAUGGACCACCUCGAGGAACAAUUAUCAGCUGCCACCAAGCGCAAGGAACUAAAUUCACGUCGACGAGCAUUCCUCAUCGCUGAGGCUAUUUACUACAACACCGGAGAGAUGUGCCCGUUGAAAAGGCUCGUAGAGUUAGCUAGGAAGUACAAGCUGAGAAUUAUUCUGGACGAGAGCUUGAGCAUUGGGGUACUCGGCAAGCACGGGCGCGGUCUAACAGAGCACUUCAACGUGCCUCGCGACGAGGUGGACCUGAUUGUAGGCUCGUUGGAGCACUCUUUCGCGACCAUCGGAGGCUUCUGUGCUGGCUCGCACUUCAUUAUAGAACACCAGCGACUUGGAGGACUCGGCUAUUGCUUCAGUGCCUCCCUUCCUCCCAUGCUGACGCAAGCCGCCAUCGACGGAUUGAACAGGAUUGAGAACAAUCCGUCUAUCUUGACUGAAUUGGAAGAAAACUCACGGAAACUUAACAAGGCCUUAUCAACACUAAAGCACUUCACAUUCCGAGGCGACGAAAUCUCACCGAUCAAGCACAUCUACCUCAAAAAGGACCUCACGGAUCGCUUGAAGCACUCUUAUCUCCGGAACAUUUCCAACUAUUGCUUAGAAAGAGGUGUGGCCUUCGCAGUGGCUGCUUACUUGAGGGACGUAGAACAUAACUGCCCGGAGCCAUCCAUCAGGAUAGCAUCCAGUAGGAAACUCAACGAUGUGAACAUAUCACUGCUCUGUAAGUUACUGGAUGAAGCGUAUGAAAAAGUCGGCCCGAGACCUGAUCUGCAACCGGUGUAAGUAAAGUUCGUUAUUUUUGGUUGUAAACUUUGUAUAGCAGUUUAAUAUUACUGUUGGUA